AUGGAGGACACCCCCCCAAAAUACGCCACUGAAAGUAAAAUAAGCCAAUUGGGUAAAUCCUAUGAAACGGCAAAAAGGCGAUUUUUAUCGUUGGAGCGUCGUCUGCAAGCAAAUGCCGAUAUACGAGCAGAGUAUUCAAAAUUUAUGAACGAGUACAAAAGGCUAGGACACAUGGAACUUGUGACUGACGAGGAAUCAAAAGAAAAGGAGACUCGUUGUUAUUAUUUACCUCAUCAUGCCGUUAUAAAUAAUAAUAGCACAACCACGAAGCUUCGAGUCGUUUUUGAUGCGUCAUGUAAAACCGAUUCGGGCCUUAGUCUGAAUGACGUGUUAUUAAAAGGGCCUGUUAUACAGGACGAUCUGCUAUACAUCCUGGCUCGAUUUCGCAUGUGUAAAUAUGUACUAACGGCAAAUAUCGAAAAAAUGUAUCGACAUAUAAUAGUAGGCGAGAGCCAUCGUGAUUAUCAGAGAAUUGUCUGGCGUGAUAAGCCAAAUGGUCCAUUGAAAAUCUACCGCCUACGAACUGUGACAUACGGUACAAUAAGCGCAAGUUAUUUGUCAACAGUUUGCUUAGAAGAGUUAGCUGAACGUGAAUUCAGUAGGUAUCCUGACGCGUAUCAAUCAUUAGUUAACGAUUUUUAUGUGGAUGAUUGGUUAGGUGGUGCAAUGAAACGGGCAAAAGCAAUAACAUUACGAGACAAUAUUAUUGCCGUAAUGAAAGGUACCGGUCUACAUUUACGGAAAUGGGCAUCGAACGAUAAUAGUUUAAUAAGUAGAACACAAUAA